AUAGUGUGGUUGCAGAAGCAAUGUUAGAAGACCAAAUCGCGGAUAUCUGGCCUGAAUAUCCCUGUUUGUAUGACGUUAGAUGUCCGGACUUUAAAAACAGAGAAUUGCUUGAACAUUCAUUUAAAGAAAUCGCAGAAAAACUUGGACAAACUGUUGAAUGGGUUAAAGCAAAGUUAAAGGCCCUGCGAAACAGCUACGUGAAAGCGAAAAAACCGGGACCGAGUGGAAGUGCGAGAAGAAACCCAACAAAAAGAACGACAUGGUUGUUGGAUAAGUUACAGUUCCUUGCUCCUCAUGUGGCCAUUAGGCCUUCUGUUUCAAGUCUAGACUCUGUAUCUCAUGACAAUUCACCGUUAGAUUCAAGUUUCAGUGAGGCUGGUGAAAAUAGUUUUGAAGAUUAUGGUCAAACACCUGAGCAAACAAGUCCCAUAAAUGAAGAGGAGGAUGAAAUAAUGGAAGUGACAAGGUCAACCUCUGAGCCCGUGAAACCGAGAAAAAGCACUUCUCGAAAGAGGCAAGCUGAUGAGGAGUACCAAUUAAUAAAAAAUCUAUCCACCUCUAUUGCAGAAAAGCAAAAAAAACAGAAAAUGACAGAGGGGAAAAGGGAAACUAGCAUGCUAGAAACUUUUGGCAUGUAUGUAACUAAGGCAUUGUCAGAGUUGGAUCCCAGAACAUGUCAUUUGGCACAGAACAAAAUAAACAACAUUAUUUUUGAAGCCCAAGCUGGCCUAUUAGUCCAAAAUUCUCAACCACCAAUGAUGAUGCAACAACACAGAAAUUUUUUCCAUCCAAUAAUUCAAACUGGCAUGACAAGUUCAAGCCCUCAACCUUCAUCAUCAUAUGCUGAACAGAAUUUUAUUUCAAAACCAGAUGGAGUGACUUCGGCAGUUGGAUGGCCAAAUCAGAAUUAGACUUAAAACUUAGGGGGACAUUCUAUUAACAAAAGUAACAAUUCAAAAACUUUUUUUAUUUUAUUUGUCUGUACUGACUAUGUUUGUUUUGAAAAAUUGGAACAAUUGCACAAUUGAUAGUAUAUAUAUUUAAAUAAAAAUUGGUGAUAAUUAAUUACCUUCAAAUAAUUCCUUUUCAUUAUUAAGUACAAUGCUUGGCAUGUUUCCUCAACAAUUCCUGAAAUGGUCCUUUCGCCAAUCCGAUACUGAAACGAAAGACUUCUGAAAGUCUCACCUAAUAAAAUACAGUAAGAUAAGCAUAUUAUCCAUAAUGUAUAUAAAUAGCAUCAUAAAUGAAAUAGCCAUAUUCAAAGGGCAAAUCACAUAAUUUUCACGUACCUGUUGCUAAAAAUCGUAAUGUUACAGAUAAUCUUUCCCUCGGUUUUAAAGCACAUCGCAUUUUUGUGUCCUUCUUUUGAAUCAGUGGCGAAACCAUGGUCAAAAUUUCUUCAAACGAUGCUGAAUCCAGCCUGUGAUAAUGCCUAAAAUGUUCAGGGUCUUCAAAGCGCAAUUCGCGAACAAUAUUCUCACAUGCUCCUUUCAUUUGACGACGUUCGAUCCAACGUUUCGUCCAGAUAUUCCUAUUGGCGGCCCUCAAGCGCCUCCGUCUGCGUCGCAAAAGUAAAAGAAAGAGCAAAAUUUCUUCAUCUUCUGAAGAGGAAGAG